AUGAGGCUGAAAAAGGCAGCAGUUUUUGGUUUCUUAUGUGCAAUAAUAGCUGAAGCACAAGCCAAAGUUUAUUUUGAAGAAACCUUUUCCGAUGACGAAUGGCAGAAGCGCUGGACAGUUUCGAAACAUCGCGAUGACUUGGGUGUCUUCCGCGUCUAUCCUGGGAUAUUUCAUGCGGACGCUAAUGCCAGUCGAGGUCUACAAACAUCACAAGAUGCAAAAUUCUAUGCAAUAUCAUCACAGCUAACUGAAACUAUAGACAACACUGACAAGCCUUUAGUUGUGCAGUUUACAGUUAAGCAUGAGCAGGGUAUCGACUGCGGUGGCGGAUAUGUUAAGCUUCUUCCACCAGAAUUCGACUCUGACAAAUUUGACGGAGAUUCAAAAUAUAAUAUAAUGUUUGGGCCUGACAUAUGUGGGUUAAAGCGUAAGAUUCAUUUUAUUUUGCAUCAUGAAAACCAAAAUAAAGAACUAAAAAAGGAAAUUGGAUGUCCCGUCGACGAAUACACACACUUGUACAGACUAGUGGUACAACCCAAUCAGACAUAUUCUAUAUCAUUAGAUGACAAGUUGGUGUCUGAGGGGCUACUUGUCGAUGACUUUGAUUUACUAACACCUAAAAACAUCAAAGAUCCAACUGCCGUUAAACCAGAAGAUUGGGUAGAUGAUGCGACGAUUCCUGACCCGGAAGACAAGAAACCAGAAGAUUGGGUUGAUGGGCCUGCAUUGAUUCCUGAUCCAGAAGCUUCAAAGCCAGAUGACUGGGAUGACGAAGCAGACGGCUCUUGGGAACCCCCUCAAAUUCCUAACCCGGAUUAUAAUGGACCAUGGUCACCAAAAUUGAUUUCUAACCCAGACUACAAAGGGCCUUGGGAAGCACCAUUAAUCCCCAAUCCUGACUAUCGUGAUGAUCCUCUCCUUCAUGCUUUCAACACCGCUUACAUCGGCUUUGAUCUAUGGCAAGUGAAGUCAGGGACUAUAUUUGACAACAUUCUAAUCACGGAUGAUGUAGAGUACGCGCAAGAAUUUGCUGAUAAGAUUUUCUUCGCUUAUCGUGAUGUUGAACUCCAAGCGAAGAAAAAAUACGACGAACUAGUGCAAAAAGUAAAAGAUGAAGAAGGUGAAAAUACUUUUGACGACAAUGAUACGGAAGAACAAGAUGAUAAGGAAGCAGAAGAGGCAGCACCACCGGUAUUAAAGGAGCAAGAAGAACCAGAUGAACUCGAUGAACUAUUUGCUAACUAUGAGCAACAAUUGGGCAUUAAGGAUGAGUUGUAG